AUGGACAAUACAUUUCAACUCAAUAAAUUCAAUGAUGUUGAUUUGGGUGAUGAUUCACUCACUAUUGACCCUACUCCUGGAUCUGGUGUGUCUGCUAGCACUGAAUGCACACUAGAUGGACAUGUUAAUCUGGUUUCUCCUGUUGUUGUUGAAUCUAGGGAUGACGCUGGGGCUAGGGAUGGGGAUGGGGCUGAGGCUGAAGGUGGGGCUGGGGUUGAAGGUGGGUCAGCUGCCUUCCAAAGGAAGGAAAGGCAAAAGAUUUCCAAAGUCUGGAAUGACUUUUCUUCUAUUACAAUAAAUGGUGUUAAAAAAUUCCAAUGUAAUUGGUGUAAGAGGUUGCUUUCUGUAGGGAAAUCUAGUACUACCUCCACCCUUAGUAGGUAUUUAACUGCUUGUGUGAAAUUUGUGGAGGUGAAUAGUCUUAAGAAGCAAAAAACUUUGUCAUUUGAACCUAGUGAUGACAAUGAUGGUUUAGGGACCUUGACAAAUUUACUUUCAAUGAGAAGAAUGUUAGAGAACUUGCUGCCCAUAUGUGCUAAUGCUGUUGCCAUUGACAUUUUGAGAGAUGAUAUUGAGUUGAGGGGUAGUUUGCCUAUUGGGGGGCUUAUGUUUCAUGUUAGGUGUUGUGCUCAUAUUAUCAAUUUGUUGGUGCAAGCAGGGCUUACAGAAAUAGGGGACAUAAUAGAUUCUGUUAGGCAGGGGAUUAAGUAUAUAGUGGCUUCUGAGAGGCGGUUGAAUUUAUUUAGUGAUAUAGCAAAGCGUUUGGACCUAGGUUGUAAUAAACUUAUUUUAGAUGUUCCUACCCGAUGGAAUAACGCUAACUUGAUGUUGAAGACUGCAAUUAGGUUCAAGGAAGUGUUUCCUAGAUACUAUAGAGUAGAGCAGGCUUUUCUGUGGGUGGUAAGUCCUGAACAGUGGGAUAAGGUUGAGAAUGUGAACCAAGUUUUAGCUGUUUUCAAUGAUGUGAUCAAUGUUGUCUCUGGAAGUGAUUAUCCUACAUCUAAUCUGUUUCUACCUGAGGUGUGGAGAAUGAAAAGAAAUUGUGGAUAUUAA